AUGAGAUUUCGGAUGGAUGUGCCGGCACAAAUUCUUAAUACCUUGAUCACUUGCCUUCCUAAUGAAUCAAAGGACCUUUUAAACAAGAAUGGAAUUAUUAUCGCAACGACAGCUUGGAAACCUUCAUUGUUUAAUUAUGCUUCAUAUUGCAAAUUCCUUUCAAUUCGGGAAAUUUAUCUGAUGAUUCGUUACGCUCUUGAAACUCGACAAUUAAUUACUUCACAAUUUCUAGACUUUGAUGAAUAUUUAUUAUUACAAGAAAUGUUAAAAAUGUUUAUGAGACAAAUUUCAUCCUUAAAAUCUUUAGAUUAUUACGUAGGAAUUUCAAGGAUCAUCAAAUUACCUUUUACUUCUUUCCCAGGGGCAAAGGAUUGUAUGACCAAUCUAUCAAUACUUAGUUGUGAUUCCAACAUUUGCUCCGAAUUUUUUUAUCAGUUAUCACAAAUAUGUCAUAACGUUCAAACGCUUACGAUAAUAAUCGAAAAUAUCGUUUCAAAUGGGUUGACAGAUUUAAUUUCCAUGCAAAGGAAUUUAAAACACGUUACAUUAAUAGCAGCUUAUGGUAGCGAAAAGGGUUGGGUGCGCUUAAUAACUUCUCUAUCCAAAAUUCCCUUGAAUUUAACAAAAUUAGAGAUAUUUGGAAUUGAUGCAAAGAUACCAUUAAUUUGCCUAAAUACUUUCAUUCAUUUACGACAGUUGACCUUAUCAUUUGACGACACCAAUGCGUUUAUUGAUUUUCACAAUUUACAACAUGUCAAAUACCCACAAUUACGUAUUUUAAAAUUUCAAUAUGCGUUUCCAAAGGUUGAAAUGUUGAUUAAAUUCUUAGAAAUCAAUGGAAAGGAUUUAACACAACUUUACGUUGGUUGUCAUGACAAUUUAUUAAAUCUAACCGUAGCUAAAUUAUGCCCAAACCUUAAAAAAUUUUGUUCAAGAUUUAUGAGAAAUGAAUUGGAAACCUUGAUGACGGUUUUCAAUGGUUGUCAAUCUUUAGAAAGUUUAAAGUUGAAAUGUGGCGCGGGAAAUUUAAAGGAGAGUGAAAUGUUGGAUGUGGUAUCGAAAUAUUCGCCAAAAAAUUUUCAUGAAUUAAAGAUAGACAAUGAUACGGAAUCGGAAUUAUCUCCAGUAGAAUUGGAAUCAUUUUUUAUAAAUUGGAUGGAUCGUACUCCACAUCAACCUAUUUCUUUUAUUCUCGUUGGUGAUAGAUUUAUUAGCUCAUAUAGGAAUAUGGAAGUAAUUGAGAAUUAUGUAAGGUUGGGUGUCGUCAAGAAAUUUGGAACUGAAAUGUAUGAUGAAUCUUAG